AUGGAGGACCACAUCUCUCGACCAGCCACCCCACAGGUCAUGGUGCACCGAUUACCCGACCAGCCCGACUCAUCUCCAGAGGCCAACAAGAAACCCACCAAAUUCAUCACCAUCAUCGCCGCCUCCACCGCAGUCUCAGGUAAACUCCAAGUCGCAAAGACAGUAUCCUCAGCGCUAGCAUGUCCGCUCUACCAAGGCGACAGCAUGCACGAAACAGCCGCCAAAGCCGCAACAGUCGGCGCAGCCUCUGGAGCCAACGAAACCCGCUAUCAGCGGAUGUGGUUAUCGAAAAUGACACGCACGGGUCUGCUCUUCACGGAGGAGUCUCGUCCGGCAGGGGCGGGGUUCAGUGGUUUCGGCAGCUCGUCUACGACGUCGACGAGUCGACGUGGUUCUGCGAGUUCAGACGGUUCGGAGUUUUCAGGCUCGGAUGAUGCGAGUGUUGCCAGUAGUGUCGUGUCGUCGGGAGUGUCAAAGUAUGUCAAUAGACCGCCGAUUGUGCCGCUGGCGCAGGAAGGUGCACUGCGUAACGCGAAUCCUGCUUUGCUGGUGUCGACGCAUCCGAAGUUGGAGGCGUGGCAGGAGAACUGCAUUAGGAGGUGUGUUGGCGAGUAUUCGAUUGGCGUGAUAUUCGUACCGUUGGACGAAGAGAGCGAAGAUGACGAAGAGGAUCUGCCCAUAUUGAGGCCUUUGGACCCAACGACAAUGACUAGCUUCGGAUCACUCGCAAGCGCUGGAAUUCCAAAACCCUCACGCGACUGGACUGAGAAGAUCGUAGUCAGAGUUGACGCCAACGCCAGGGUCGAGGACUUGGCAGAAGAGAUCAUAGGUAAAGUGCGAGAUAUCAUUAAUGAAUAG